AGAUGCCCUGGGAGGGGGCGAUCUGGAGGUGACUUUUGUGCCACAGACCCUGAGCAGGGCCUGCACGGAGUUGACCCCAUUGGGGAGUAUUCUUGAGGUGAUCUGUGAACCACUGUCCCCAGGUGGGGCCACCUUGGAAAUGCCACAGCUGGAGAUCCCAGAGGUGACCUGUGCACAACAGACCCUGGGUGGGGCUGGCAUGGAAAUGACCACAGUGGGGGCCAUCCCUGAGGUGAUCUGUGUGCCACAGACACUGAGCGAGUCUGACACAGAGUUGCCUCCGGUAGAAGCCAUACCUGAGGUGAGCUGUGCACCACUCCCCAGUGGUGUGGCCACCUUGGAGAUGCCACAGUUAGAGAUCCCAGAAGUGACCUGUGCACAACAGAUGCUGGGUGGGGCCAGAACAGAGAUGACCAUACGGGGGGCCAUUCUUAAGGUGACUUGUGUGCUGCAGACCCUGAGCAGGACCGACACUGAAUUGCCUCUGGUGGAAGCCAUCCCUGAGGUAACCUGUGCACCACUCCCACCUGUUGGGGCCACCUUGGAGAUGCCACAGCUGGAGGUCCCGGAGGUGAGCUGUUCAGCAGUCCCCCCUGGCGUGGUCACCUUGAAAACGCCACAGUUGGGGUUCCCAGAGGUAAUCUGUGCACAACAGUCCCUGGGUGGGGCCAGUACAGAGUUGACCUCAGUGGGGGCCAUCUCUGAGAUAACCUGUGCACCACUCCAACCUGUUGGGGCCACCUUGGAGAUGCCACAGCAGGAGGUCCUGGAGGUGCGCUGUGCACCACUCCUCCCUAGUGUGGCCACCUUGGAAACACGACAUUUGGGGAUCCCAGAGGUAAUCAGUGCACAACAGACCCUGGGUGAGGCCAGUACAGAGUUGACCCCAGUGGGGGCCAUCCCUGAGGUGACCUGUGUGCUACAGACCCUGAGCGGGACUGACAUAGAUUUGCCUCUGGUGGGGGCCAUUCCUAAGUUGAGGUGUGCACCACUUCCCACUGGUGUGGAUACCUUGGAGAUGCCACAGCUCAAGAUCCCAGCGCUGACCUAUGGACAACUGAACCUGGGCGGGGCCAGGACUGAGAUGCCACAGCCAGAGAAGAACUACAAGGUGACAUGUGGGCAACCACCCCUCAGUGAGGCCAGCUCAGAGAUGUCAAGAGCAGCAGCACGUGCCAUGGGGGAACAGCAAACUUUGAUGAAGGAUCUUGUGUUGGCCAGAGGGCCAUUGAAGAGGGGUGAGAGCCCUUCCCUGGAGUUGGAAAAAACAAACACAUUGCUAGACAGAGUCCUGGAAGAACAGCCUCCUACUGGCAGGACUCUGCUGAUCGACGGCCCAGUUGAACUGAAAAGAGGCCUGAAGAAGCAGAAGCGUCAUAUAUUCCUGUACAACGAUGUGUUUGUUGUGGCCAAAACCAAAUAUAAUUAUCUCAAGGCUCAGCUACAACUGGAGAAUCCACUUUCAAGACUCUUGGAAGUGGAUGCUGGCAGCCUCAGUGCUCUACUGGCUGUUGGUCAGAUGUCUGCUGUCCAUGUGGAUCUGUCCACAGGGCUGCUCAUAAUGGCAGUGGCUUCCUUCAAAGUGGAAGAUCCAAGAGAAUAG